GCUUAAUCUUUGUACUUUGCAGGUUCAACUAGCUAAGCCCACCACUCCAUAAGUGAUGGGCAAGGAAGAUAACACCAAUUACCCAUAUGAACUCCCAUCACAAACCACCACUGGAAUCACCAGAAGAUCAAAUCUCCGGUACCCAGUUGAUGAUCAAGAACAACAACCUGGAUCACAAGAUCAUCAAGAAGUUGGCUGCUCCGGCCAGUCUUGCCGGUCAUGCACUGCCGGAGUUAUCGCUGAUUGUGUCGCCGUUUGUUGCUGUCCAUGUGCCGUUGUCAACAUUUUCACCCUCACAUUCCUUAAACUUCCUUGGAUGAUAGGAAGAAAAUGUUUGGGGCUGGGAAACAAAAAGAAGAAAAAGUUGAAGGACCAAAAUGGGGUGUCAAGAAAAGAGGAUGGACUAGAAAGGAAAAUAUCAGAAGGUUUGAAAGAAAUACAAGAAUUACAAGACGAAAAAGAUGAGUAUGGCGCAAGGUUUGAAGGAGAUAAAGUUUGGUUAGAAUUGUAUAAAGUUGAUCAUUUGGGUUUUGGGAGAGUUUCGAUUUCUUGAUUAGCAGGAAGACAAAAAGAUCAUGCAAUUUUUAACUUGCGCAUUGCAAGUAAAAUGCACAAAUACAAUAUUAGAUAAUG